UUUUCAACCAAUGGAAGUCAAUGGGGUAUCCUAAAAAUGCAUACUUUUUUUAACCAGUGGUAAAAAGAAAAUGAAUAAAAAAGCUUUGGGUGCCUUCAAGGUAGUAAUUAUGGAGGGAGAGCGCAGGGGUAAUCAAUGCAGUGACAUGUAUGGCUUGACCCAUUGAAGUAAUUGCAGGAGGAGGGGUUGCUUUUAAUUCUGUUGCAGAGAAGGUAGAGAGAGAGGGGAGUAAAUGAGAGGUGGGUUUUGGUGGGGAGAGUAAGAGAUAAAGGUGGCUCUGUUGGUUUUUCGGGGCCCUUUCGGGUGUGCGAGAGAGAGAGGUUUUGUUGGGUUUUCAGGGUCUUGUAGGCCUAGAGAGAGAGACAAAGGGAGGUGGGGUUUUGUGUGGCUUUAAUUUUUGGGUUUUUUGGUUCCUUUUUCUGCACAGGUGGAAAUUGCGAAGGUGGUUUUAGUUGGGGUUGGAAACCAUGGAUCUGGGGUUUUUAGGAUCUGGGGUCUAAAUCACUGUUCUUUCUCUCUCAAAUGGCCUGUGUCAAAAGUGUUGGUGAGACCUCGUAUUUUAAAUGAAAUCUCCCCACUCUCUCUUGCUGAGCUUUCCUUAUCUCUCUAGGGUUAUUUGUUUCCUUUAUCUUUUCUGAAAGUUUGGUCUGAAAAUUGACCAGAAGUUCUUUGCUCUUUCCUGGUUUGUUUCAUUUGAAUUUCAAUCUCUGGCUUCCCUAAAAAAUGAGCUUCUUUUAGAGUUGGAAUCAGAUACCUUGGCCUUGAUCUUGUUCAAAAGUUUUGGUUUUUGAAUCAAAGUUUUUGGUUUCUUGUAAGCGCCAUGAUGUUAGGGUUUAUUUAGUUCAGGGGUCCCAACCUUAACAGAGUAUCUCUCUCUCUGUCUUUACCCGUUUUGGUGGGUUCCAUUUCUUUGAGAAAAGUUUUUGGGGUUGUUGAUCUUAUGGUCACAGGCUAUAAAUCCGCAGCCCCACUUGGAUUUAGGGUUUUGAUCUGAGAAACCAGUUAAUGGGCUAAAACUAGGGUUUUGGGGUUCUGGGUUUUUUGUAGUUUUGCUCAUAUUCAGGAGCAUUCAUGCAUCUAUCACUAUGGAAACCAAUAUCUCACUGUGCAGCUCUGAUCAUGGAGAAGAAGAGCAAGAAGAAAGAUGGCUCUGGUUUAACAGAGGAAGAGAAGAAGAAGAAGCCAUCAAUCCUAAGGCAAUUACAGGAGAGCAGGUUAAGAGAAGCUCUCGAAGAGGCUUCAGAAGAUGGGUCUCUCGUGAAAUCUCAGGACAUGGACUCUGACCCCUCUGCAACUCAAGAUGGAAGCUUUGGAAGGUCUAGAUCAUUAGCUAGGCUCCAUGCUCAAAGAGAUUUUCUUAAAGCUACAGCCAUGGCAGCUGAAAAGAUCUUUGACAGUGAGGACUCAAUCCCUGACCUCAAUGAAUCAUUCAAUAAAUUCCUUACAAUGUACCCAAAAUUUCAGACCUCUGAGAAGAUUGAUGAGAUAAGGUCUGAUGAAUAUGGGCAUCUCUCUGAAGUUGGGUCUAAGGUAUGCCUUGAUUACUGUGGUUUUGGGCUUUUCUCUUUCUUCCAACAAUUGCAAUACUAUGAGUCCGCUGCUUUUAGUCUAUCUGAGAUAACUGCAAAUUUGAGUAAUCAUGCUUUAUAUGGUGGAGCUGAGAAGGGAACAGCCGAACAUGAUAUAAAAGCCAGGAUCAUGGAUUAUUUGAACAUUCCUGAAAAUGAAUAUGGUCUUGUUUUUACAGUCAGUAGGGGCUCUGCUUUUAAACUUCUCGCUGAUUCAUACCCAUUUCAAACCAAUAAGAAACUUCUAACCAUGUUUGACUAUGAGAGCCAGUCUGUGAAUUGGAUGGCUCAAAGUGCAAAGGAGAAGGGUGCUAAGAUCUAUAGUGCCUGGUUUAAGUGGCCUACUUUGAAGCUCUGUUAUACUGAGCUUCGAAAACAGAUCAUGAGCACGAAGAGGAGGAGGAAGAAGGAUUCAUCUGUGGGGCUCUUUGUUUUUCCUGUUCAGUCUAGAGUUACAGGGGCUAAGUAUUCUUAUCAGUGGAUGGCUUUGGCCCAACAAAACAAUUGGCAUGUGCUCUUAGAUGCUGGUUCAUUGGGCCCAAAGGACAUGGAUUCGCUUGGAUUGUCUCUUUUCAGGCCUGAUUUCAUAAUAACUUCUUUCUAUCGAGUUUUUGGGUCUGAUCCAACUGGGUUUGGCUGUCUUCUGAUAAAGAAAUCAGUGAUGGGUAGCUUGCAAAAUCCAUCUGCAGGGUCUGGAAUGGUGAGAAUUGUGCCUGUUUUUCCUCAAUAUCUGAGUGAUUCAGUAGAUGGUUUUGAUGGUUUGACCGGAAUCGAAGAUGAAACUGUUGAUGAGGCCAAUGAAUUCUUGCCAGAAACUCGGAAAGGGUCUCAAUUGCCUGCUUUUUCAGGUGCUUUCACGUCAUCCCAAGUGAGAGAUGUGUUUGAUAACGAAAUGGAGCAUGAUAAUAGCUCGGAUAGAGAUGGGGCAAGCACUAUAUUUGAGGAGGCAGAGAGUAUCUCUAUAGGGGAGGUUAUGAAGAGCCCUAUUUUCAGUGAGGAUGAGUCUGAUAAUUCUUUUUGGAUUGAUUUGGGUCAGAGCCCUUUUGGGUCAGAUAACUCAGGCCAGUUGAACAGAGGGAGAUCAGGCUCUCCAUUGCCACCUUCCUGGUUUUCAAGCAAGAAGAAUCAGAAGAGGCUCUCACCAAAGGGCAUGAAGAAUUCGAAGAAUUCUCGAAGCCCCAUAUAUGAUGACCAUGUGCUCUCAUUUGAUGCUGCAGUUAUGUCAGUUUCUCAGGAGCUUGAUCGAGUUAAGGAAGUCUCUGAGGAGGAGCAGUCAAUGGAGCAUGAUGGAAGUGGCCGGAAAGGAGGGGCCUCCAUGGAUAAUGCCCCCCAGGUCUCACAUGCCACAAAAUCCCAAGAUUAUAUCGAAGAAAUACAGGAGGAAAGAGACAUAAAUGGAUCGAAAUUAGAAAACUCAACUCCUCGCUUCCAUGGAAAUGGCACUUCGAAAGGGGAAAUAUUCCAAGAAAGCCUUGGAGAGACAAAAGAGAGUGCCAUUAGAAGAGAAACAGAAGGUGAAUUCAGACUAUUGGGAAGGAGAGAAGGGAGCAGGUUUUCUGGGGGGAGGUUUUUUGGUGUUGAUGAUAAUGAAAGAACAGCUAGCAUGGGGCGAAGAGUCUCUUUCACAAUGGAGGAGAACACGAGGGAGAGAUUCAGUCACAAUUCAGAAGGUGGAGAAGCCUCUGCAACCACAUUAGGAGAUGAAGAUGGAAUCAGUGAAGGAGAAGCGGGAGACACUCAGGAUUGGAGUAGACGAGAGCCUGAGAUAAUUUGCAGGCAUCUCCAUCAUGUCGACAUGAUGGGUCUCAACAAAACCACAUUGAGGCUUCGUUAUCUGAUCAAUUGGCUGGUCACUUCACUCUUGCAGCUUCGGUUGACUGGUCCAGAGGGUGAAACUCCUUUGGUUAGUAUAUAUGGCCCAAAGAUCAAGUAUGAGAGGGGUGCAGCUGUGGCUUUCAAUUUAAAUAAGGGGAAUGGGGGCCUAAUUAACCCUGAAAUCGUUCAAAAGCUGGCUGAUAAAGAUGGGAUUUCUCUUGGUAUUGGGUACCUCAGUCAUAUUAAGAUAAUGGAGAACCAGAAGCAGCUUCAUGGGACAGUGGAUCUGGAUAACACUUCUUUAUGCAGGCCAAUCUCAAAUGGCCGUCAUGAUAGCAAGAACGUGAUAAUUCGAGUGGAGGUUGUCACUGCCUCACUUGGGUUUUUAACGAACUUUGAGGAUGUGUAUAGAAUGUGGGCUUUUGUGGCCAAGUUUCUUGAUCCAACCUUUGCAGAAGGUGAGGAAUUAACUGCUAUACCGGAGGCUGAAGAAAGUUGAUGGGGUAAUUAAGUUACAGCAUUGGGGAAAUUUGGAAGGGGAUGGCUGCCUUUUGCACCCACACAAUGAGGGGCUUCUUGUCAUUGCAGUUUUCUGGAGUUCGCUUUUCGGGUUGACAACAAAAGCCAAGUGUGGACUACAUUGCGUUGUACUAGCAAAUGCUAACCAGUAUCGGCUAAGAAGUGGUAUAUGGAGACAGGAAGAUAAAACUUUGCAUCACAGGUCCAAACUGACUUCGAUUAGGCUGGCUGGAUCCUUCUUCAAGCUUUGAAAGGCAAGAUACACUAUACAUAUCCUGUGUGUGUAUAAGGUACACAGCCAGGGUAUCCACCUCGAUCUCAAUGAUUGAUGGUGAAGAUUAGCUAUAAUUCUGAAUAAUGGGCAAUUACCCAGGUGAGGUUAAUCUCCAGUAUCCAAUGUUCAGAAGGGAUGGUGGAUGUUUCAGCAGUGGACCAUAUACUAUAUACUUUCUUUGUUGGUGUUCUUCCAUUGAUUGAAAUGCAUGAUCUAAAUGUUCUUUACAAUAAUUCAAUCACCAAAAUUUUCCU